AUGGCUUCUCUCGAGGAUGCACUGCAAGGAUCCCUUAACCUUCCAUUUCCAGCUCCUACCAAGCAGGUCGCUGGGAUUGUGAAAGGGAUCCAAACCGACGUCACGGUCAUGAACUUCAGUGAUAAGAUUAUGCUCACUAUUUCUCAAGAGGGCCGCCUAUCUCAUUGGCUUCAUGUUCCCCUUGGAAAUCAGAACCCAGGGACUGAUGGCAUGCAUACUUUCCCAGAGAGCGCAGAGGACAGCCUAUUACCCCUCAGUACCUUGACAGCAACCUCAAUUCUUGGUGGACAUGGCCCUGGACAGGAUACAGUAGGCCAACUGCUUGCCCGCCAAAUUGCAACUGCCAUUGCCACCAAGUCUCCUGCUGAGAAGCGGCUCUUGGUCGUUGGUUUGGGCCUCCGUACUGCAGCUUCAGACCGAGAUUCCUUCUUCUCCAUCAUCGACCUCGUGCUGCAAUGCAUCUAG